AUUCUCAUGUCAUGCUUAGAAGAGAGUCAGGCUGAUUGUAGGUGUCUGUAUACAUUAACGUUAACAGAUGCAAUAAUUCAUGAACAAUUUUCUGAAAUGAAAGAUAGUUUCAAUCAUGUGCCCAGUAUUCAUGAAGUGGAUGAAGAAGAAACUGACGAGGAAAAUACCUGUGAUCAAGAAUCAAAGACCCCCAAAGAUAUUGAACAAUCUGCAGAUUUAGUAAAAAACACUAUAGAUGAAGAUUCCAUCUAUAGCAAUGACUCGUUUUGUUCUGAUGAGUCUGGUGAUGAAUCUGAAGGAACUAAUGCCACAUCAAGAUCGCUUAAUGAGUCCCAUCCUUCUCCCAAAAUCACUAAUUGCACAAGUAACCAAAAGGAUAGCAAAAGUGAAAAAGAACAAGAAGAAGGAUCUGAAAAUAUAAUACAAAACAAUGAAAUUACAAACUUAGUUUGUUGUAGAAGUUCAAUAUCUGAAGAUAAUUCUAUAGGCAUCAAACAGGUAAGGAACAGAAGGAGGAAUAUGAGUUUUACAGACGAUGAAAUUCGAAAGAUCGAAUGGGAGAAUCAAAUUCUUUUGAGAAAGAUCAUGGCACAACAAAGACCAAAGGAGAAGAUACUUCAUGAAAAUGUCCCAUCAACGCGCAUAAGCAGCUCUGCAAUAAAUAGAAAGAAAUUACAGAAGAAAAUAGAAAAUGAAAAUAUAUUACUCUUGCAAAGGAUACAACAAACUAAAUCACGUGUUAUGAACAAUACAACAAAACCUGGUUGUAGACAAACAAUUUUAUAAUCUGUAAGAAAAAAAUAAUUUUUAUAUGUCUUAAAUUAACAGAAAAUUUUUGAUUGAUAUUGUCCUAUUUUACAUUAACUAUCUGCAAUACAAACCUUAUAACUGUGGUUUAUUUUCUGCACCACAAAAAAUUUUAGAUACUUAUAUUUUAAAAUUAUAAAGAA